GGUGGUUCUGCUCUCGGACUGGGUUUCGGUGAAGCAGCGGCGGUGCCGCACGCCGGGUGUGUGAGGCUGCGGUGUGCGGCGCUGCCAGUGUCGGGUGAAGCGUUUUGGUACAGAUGCACACGGGGUGAAAGGUGGUGUGUGCCUAAACGGGGACGGAAGUGAUUGAGCGCCUCUUGGAGCUCUGCGUUUGGAGCACUCUAUUAACAUCCCAAAAACUGAUGAUAAAUUCAGUAUAAAAUAAGUUGGAACAAGGGAGAUGGCUGUCUGUAAUCAACGUGGGGAUGGGGGAGAAGCAGCACCAGAAGCCCCGAAGGUUAAAAAUUAUACCAUCUCAGGGAAGCAGCAGUGCACUGUGGGUUUCUUGGAGCAGCAAUUCUGAUCAGUAAUGAGCAGAUGAUAACGAGUUAAACAGUGCCUGGUAAACAACACAAUCGCAGUGGCAACAGUCCACAAGCAACAUCAAAGAGCAGGGCACUUUGGUGUUCCCGUGUAAGUAGGAAACAUGCCCAGGAUCUCAGCUGCCAGAGUGCCUGCAAUUUUUACAUAGAUUUCUAUAGGUCUUGUAACCAUGUCUGUUAAUGCGACGGAGAAUGAUCCUCCCAGAUUCUUUGUGGGUGGAGAAGAUGGAGAAGGAUUAUUGGAUUCAGCCAGAUCUACAGAUUAUGAACACUUUUAUGACCAUGGGGAAGAAGAGGAGGAAGAGUAUGACUCUCCACCAGAAAGACAAAUUGCAGUUGGGAUUUGUUCAAUGGCUAAGAAAUCAAAGUCCAAACCAAUGAAAGAAAUUCUUGAACGCCUCUCCAUGUUUAAGUAUAUAACUGUGGUGAUUUUUGAAGAGGAUGUUAUUUUGAACGAGCCAGUAGAAAAUUGGCCUUUAUGUGACUGUCUCAUUUCUUUUCACUCUAAAGGGUUUCCACUGGACAAAGCAGUAGCUUAUGCAAAACUCAGGAAUCCAUUCAUAAUCAAUGACUUGAAUAUGCAGUAUCACAUACAAGACAGAAGAGAAGUCUAUGGUAUUCUUAAAGCUGAAGGAAUUUUACUUCCUCGCUAUGCAGUUCUGAACCGGGAUCCAAACAAUCCCCAAGAAUGCAACUUGAUUGAAGGAGAAGAUCAUGUGGAAGUGAAUGGAGAAAUUUUCCAGAAGCCCUUUGUAGAAAAGCCGGUUAGUGCUGAGGACCACAAUGUUUACAUUUAUUAUCCAACGUCUGCUGGGGGUGGAAGCCAGAGGCUCUUUCGAAAGAUUGGCAGCAGAAGCAGUGUUUAUUCUCCUGAAAGCAGUGUGAGGAAAACAGGCUCCUAUAUUUAUGAGGAAUUCAUGCCUACAGAUGGAACUGAUGUGAAGGUAUACACAGUAGGUCCAGACUAUGCUCAUGCUGAGGCCCGGAAGUCUCCAGCUCUGGAUGGCAAAGUAGAACGAGACAGCGAAGGAAAAGAAGUGAGAUAUCCAGUCAUCCUGAAUGCAAGAGAGAAGUUAAUUGCUUGGAAAGUAUGCCUUGCCUUUAAGCAAACAGUUUGUGGCUUUGAUUUGCUACGUGCUAAUGGACAGUCCUAUGUCUGUGAUGUGAAUGGCUUCAGUUUUGUGAAAAACUCCAUGAAAUACUAUGAUGAUUGUGCUAAGAUACUGGGAAAUAUCAUAAUGAGAGAACUUGCUCCCCAAUUUCAAAUACCAUGGUCAAUUCCUUUGGAAGCUGAAGACAUUCCUAUUGUGCCAACCACCUCUGGAACAAUGAUGGAGCUUAGAUGUGUUAUAGCUGUAAUACGCCAUGGGGAUCGAACACCAAAGCAAAAAAUGAAAAUGGAAGUAAAACAUCAGAGAUUUUUUGAUCUCUUUGAAAAAUGUGAUGGAUAUAAAUCUGGAAAACUGAAACUGAAAAAACCAAAACAGUUGCAGGAAGUACUUGAUAUAGCAAGGCAGCUCCUUGUAGAACUUGGGCAAAACAAUGAUUCUGAAAUUGAAGAAAGUAAAGCAAAACUUGAACAGCUAAAGACUGUGUUAGAAAUGUAUGGGCAUUUUUCAGGCAUCAAUCGCAAAGUUCAGUUAACAUAUCUUCCUCAUGGCUGCCCUAAGACUUCCAGUGAAGAGGAAGAUAAUAGAAGAAAUGAGCCAUCCCUGCUUCUGGUUCUAAAAUGGGGAGGAGAGCUGACCCCUGCAGGCAGGGUUCAAGCAGAGGAGCUUGGAAGAGCUUUCAGGUGUAUGUAUCCAGGUGGACAAGGAGAUUAUGCUGGAUUUCCUGGAUGUGGAUUACUUAGAUUACAUAGCACUUACCGACAUGAUCUCAAAAUCUAUGCUUCUGAUGAGGGACGAGUUCAGAUGACUGCAGCAGCUUUUGCAAAGGGACUACUGGCCUUAGAGGGAGAGCUGACUCCUAUUCUUGUCCAGAUGGUAAAAAGUGCUAAUAUGAAUGGUCUGUUGGACAGUGACAGUGAUUCUUUAAGCAGCUGUCAACAUCGUGUUAAAGCAAGGCUCCAUGAAAUUCUCCAGAGAGACAGAGAAUUUACUGCUGAUGACUAUGAUAAGCUCACUCCAUCUGGAAGCAUCUCACUGAUAAAAUCAAUGCAGGUUAUUAAAAAUCCUGUAAAGACUUGUGACAAGGUCUAUUACUUGAUACAGAGUUUGACUUCUCAGAUCAGGCAAAGAAUGGAAGACCCAAAGUCUGCAGAUAUUCAGCUGUACCACAGUGAAACUCUAGAACUGAUGUUGCGCAGGUGGGCCAAGCUGGAAAAAGACUUCAAAACAAAAAAUGGAAGAUAUGAUAUUAGCAAAAUUCCUGAUAUUUAUGACUGUAUAAAAUAUGAUGUACAACACAAUGGAUCCUUAAAAUUAGAAAACACAAUGGAAUUAUAUAGGCUUUCAAAGGCUUUAGCUGACAUUGUGAUUCCUCAGGAAUAUGGUAUUUCUAAAGCUGAGAAAUUGGAGAUUGCCAAAGGCUACUGUACUCCUCUAGUCAGAAAAAUUCGUUCUGACCUUCAGAGAACUCAAGAUGAUGAUACUGUAAAUAAGCUUCACCCUCUCUACUCCAGGGGUGUUAUGUCCCCAGAACGCCAUGUUCGUACCCGACUGUAUUUCACCAGUGAGAGUCACGUCCACUCCCUGUUAUCCACCCUUCGUUACGGUGCCUUAUGUGAUGAAUCAAAAGAUGAACAAUGGAAACGAGCUAUGGAUUACUUAAAUGUGGUCAAUGAACUCAAUUACAUGACACAGAUUGUUAUCAUGCUCUAUGAGGAUCCAAACAAGGAACUUUCUUCGGAAGAACGUUUUCAUGUAGAGCUGCAUUUCAGUCCAGGAGCUAAAGGCUGUGAGGAAGAUAAAAAUUUGCCAUCCGGAUAUGGAUACAGACCUGCCUCCAGAGAGAAUGAAGGCUCAAAGAAAACCUCUCAUAGAAAUGAUAGUGAUGAGGAGGUACAUGCUCCUAAACGAGAUGAAACGGAUCGAUCAGUAGUGAUGUUCAAGCCAAUGGUAUCAGACCCAAUUCACAUACACAGAAAGUCACCCCUUCCAAGAUCCAGGAAGAUUGGUUCUGUUGAAGAAGAGAGCCCCCUGAGUGUGUCUAGCCCAGAGUGUAUUGGUACCUGGCUGCAUUACACCAGUGGUGUGGGUACUGGGCGUCGAAGACGCAGAUCAGGGGAACAAAUCACUUCUUCCCCUGUCUCCCCUAAAUCACUGGCUUUCACAUCCAGUAUUUUUGGCUCAUGGCAACAGGUCCUAUCAGAAAGCAAUAGUAACUUACGAACACCAAGAACUAUUCUGGAACAAAAGCAGAGUGGUUUAGGUUUUGAACUGUAUUCGAUGGUGCCUUCUAUUUGCCCUUUGGAAACUCUACACAAUUCCUUGUCUCUGAAGCAGGUGGAUGAAUUUCUUGCUUCUGUUGCUGCUCCAUCAAGGGAAAAUCUACAGGAGACAUCUUCUCCAACUUACAUGAUGCCCCUUUCAGGAAGAAAAAUUUCUUUAAAUACAUUUACCCCUGCAAAAAUUCAACCAACUCCACUUGAAACUUUGCCUGAAAGGCUAGUGGUGGAGAAACUAACCUUAUCUACUCAUGGAUGUCCUGUUAAUAUAUCUAAUAUUAAACCAUCUCUUGAAGAGGCCUCUCUAGAUGCAGAACUUUCUGGUGAAACUCCUUCUGAAAAGAAGUGAUCGGACAAAACUGGAAACAUCUUCUUAAACAGAUCUUUAGUGUGCAUUCAAGCAAGUUACGGAGCUGUCAAAAGCCAUUCAUGUCUGCAUCUGCAAUUCAUAGUGCACUUAAACAUCUUUAUACAUGGUUAACUAGUGUGCACAGUAUCUACGUCAAGUGUCUUUUCUCAUUUUCUAAAACAUAGUUUGAUGAAUGUCACAGCUUUUAAUGGAAAAGCUGCACAUGAACCUUUUCUGUGUCUUCAAAUAUCUACUGUAAACAUGUACAAAAACAAUAUGAUACGUAUUACAGUGGCUCUGUUGUUGUCUGUAAUGAAAUGGAAUGAAAAGCAUUGUCUGUUGUCAUCAUAAACUUCUAUUUUCAGGAGUUUAUAAUCUCCCUGUGAAUUUCUUCUGUGUGCUGAAACAGAACAUGCAUCUUGACUUUUUUUUAAUUUAACUACAUUUCCAAAGAGAUCUCUUUUCUCUGGUUUGGAGAUAAGCAGAUAUUUUCUGCAUUUUAAUUAUAUUAUAUUAUAUUAUAUAUGCUGCAAUAAUUAGGCAUGAUGGAGUGAGUUCAUGUAUCAGCACUUUUGACUAUUUUUUUUCCCUGUGUUUACAUCAGACCUGUAACAUUCAAAUCUACCUUCUCAUCUAUUGUUUAGUACACAUGCUUGUAUACAGAUUACCUGUAUAUCAUCCAGCACAUAAAACUGUCUUUUAUAUGUUUUUAUCAAAACCUUCUUUUGCUUACUAAAAAAGACAGUUUUAUUUUCCUUGCCAUGGGUUUCUAUAAAAAGGUGAUACUAAAAAGCAGUUUUUGUAGAAUGAGAAAUGGUUACAGCUGGUCUGCUACUAGGCUUAUUCUAAAAAUUGUAAAUAUUCCACCUAUGCUUUAUUGUCAUCCUUUCAGCACAGAGAGAGACUGUGGACUACCAGAACUCAGUGCAUACUGUUGCAAAAUACUCAGGAUUUGUCAUGACCUGGGAAUUUUCAUACCUCCCUCCUUCCAAUCUACUGGUUGACAGCAACUCUCAAAAAAAAAAAAAACCACCAAAAAACCAAACCAAACAAAAAAACCACCAAAAAAACACCAACAAUCCCACACAAACUAACCAAAAAAAAAACCCAAACAAAAACCAAACCAAACAACAACAAAAAAAAAAAAAAAAAAAAAAAAAAAAAAAGGAAAAAACAAAACCACAAAAUAAAAAAAGGAAAAAAACAUUAAACAUUUUAUGAGAUGUAAGAAGCAUUUCUAAAUUGGUGGAAUGUGGAGUUAUGGUGUUAUUUAGAAUAAUUAUCCAAUCUAAGCAAUUUUUGUAAUUUUUUUCUGAGGCAUAAAAAUUACUGGCUUAUGAGUACCCCAAAUGUAUGAAAAUAUAGACCACUUCUUUAAGUUCAAGUGGCUGAGUAGUAAGAAUGGACUUCAUAACUAAAAGUUAGGUAAUUCCUUUCAUGUUUAAGCUGCAGAAGACAGCUUAUGAGUAAAAUGUUUAGGUAGGGCUCUUACUUGUCUCCAGAGCCAGUGCAAGUUGCACUAGUUACAUUCAGUAGUUACUAUUUACAUUCACUUUUUCACAGGGUCUUUUUUCAGUGUUUACCAUAUAUAAAAUGGCUUCAGCAGAUGAUUUCUAACAAUGCUGAUUCAAUACCAAAAAUAUUAAGGGUUUCACAGCUAUAUACUUCAAGCAUUUCAUUUUCCGUAGUGUAAUUGUGUUAUUUACAAUGUUUGGUCUUGCAUACAACUGAAUGUACCCUUGUUUACCAUUUAAAAGGAAAACCUACCAAUUUAAGUAUAUGUAUCAUUCCAGUCAACCAAAGCUGUGACAUUACUUUUUUUAUGUGCUUCUAAAUAAAAUCAAGGUCACUGUCAA